AUGAAAAUUUCAAACGUGUUAGGUUUUUUAGGGCUGGCGUUAACCCUGGCCGUUGCCCCUGUGCAGGCUGCUCAUCAUGAAGAAGCAAAAGCAGGCACCAUUGUAGACGUUGCUGCGAGCGUUGAUACGUUCAGCACUCUGGUCGCCGCGGUGCAAGCUGCCGGUCUGGUCGAAACCCUGUCCAGUGAAGGGCCGUUUACCGUGUUUGCACCAACAAACGAAGCUUUUGCAGCUUUACCUGCGGGUACGCUGGACGCAUUGCUUGCAGAUCCCGAGCAACUGGCCGGCAUUCUGACGCUGCAUGUGGUUUCCGGCAAAGCGCUCGCUGCGGACGUGGUUGGAUUAACCGAGGUCACCACUGUCGCAGGCAAAGUGUUGCCGAUUUCAACCGCUGAUGGCGUGACUGUAGGUGGAGUGAACGUUAUUCAGACCGACGUCAUGGCAAGCAACGGCGUGAUCCAUGUGAUCGACGCCGUCAUUCUCCCCUGA